AGUAACUGCAGAGUUAAGACGCGAAACUUUUCUCCAGCGAAGAUAUACUUUUUUUUUCACGGUGAUGAAGAUGUCGACCUCAUACCUACUACGCUCAACAAGUCCGCAUCUUGCCAUGAUGUCAACGCAUUCCUUACACGGAGUCCUGCAAGAUCAGGCCCAAUAUAUUUACAGUAGUUUUGCUUUGGCACCAGGUGGCGCAAGAAUAAAAUAUCCCUUCAUCAAGUGUAGCUGUUGCACGCAGAACAAGCCAGUCCAGACAUCCAAAGCACCCCUGAAGAGGAAGAGGAAGAGGUCUUCUGAGACCCUGCCAGAGGCAGCUGUGGUCCACACUCCUAGUUUGACCAUCCCACCUGCUCACCUACCAACCGAGGCAGCGCUACCCAUUUCUCACUCAGUCAUCCCACCUGUCAGCCUACCAAAAGAGGCAGAGGUUCUAAUCCCUCGCUCAGUCAUCCCACUUGUUGAACAAGUGACAGAGGAAGAGUUACCGGUUCCUCUCUCUGCCAUCUCACAUGAUGACCUCCCUGUGGCAUCAGUUCUGCCUCGCAUCUCACAGACCCCCAUCUCCUCUCCAUCUGCACCACUGAGCAUCCACAAACUCUCAGUGGCGGAACACCAGCGCAUCUAUCACGAAAUCGUGGAUGGCGAAUUCAGGCGCAAUAAUGGCCGGGCUAGAACAUACAGGCUUGCAGAGGGACGCCGCAUAAAACAGAAGCUGUGGGAGCGUCUGGGUGGUCCCAUGUUCACAACAACAGAGGAUGCAGAUGGCCGCCUGCAUAUCGCCCCGUCAUACAGCGCCGGGGUUCUCCCUCCUCAGUAUGAGGUUGAUAUUUCAAAUGAGCCCAAACCUCCAAAGUUUGUCAUAAAGAUGACGAGAAGGAGAGAGUUUGUGUGAA